UCUGCCCGGCCAGACACACCCCUCCAGGGCAGCCAAGGGCGUGUCCCUUGCAGCCAGAGUCUGUCCAGGCCCUUCUGGGCCCAGAGGCUGUGCAGUCGGUCACCACCCUGGCCGGGCUGCUGGCCAUUGGGACAUCCACCCGCCCAUCCCUGGAAGGCCAAAAGGGGCUCUUCCACCCCCUGAGCUGAGGGGCUGCCAGCGCCAGUCGUUGCUGCCCUGGCUGGUCCUCAGCUGUCCUCGCCCCUGGCAACCCCUUGAGGGCCUCGGCCUGUCUCCAGUGCCUCAGGUGAUGGGGAAACUCCAGGGUGGUCAAAGAGGCCCAGAGAUUGCGAACCAUCCGGCCUUGCAGCAGCCGAGGGCUCUUUCCCAAGGCCCCCCUUGCAUCCGCUGGAGCAGCCAGUUGUGCAAAGCGCAGCAGCGGCAGCAAUUGUGAAAGGUGGCCGUUUCCAGCUGCUCUCACCAGUCAGGCCUCCCACACCCCUCAGCCAGCCAGCACCCCCCCCCCUGCUUCUCCUGGGCUUGUCUACCUGUCAGGCCAAUGGGCAUCCCAGCUGGACACACACAUCACGUGAGACCAUAGUUUACGCUGGAUACACAACGGAGUCCCUGUAAUCCCAGGACAACCCACCGUGAUGACGGGGGCCACCUGGGACACCCAGCACAAAGCAGCUGCAUCGGGUGUGAAUGCAAAGGCUCGGCCUGGUUGGACGUCUCUAAGCAGGCUCUGCUGAGCUGCCAGGGGCUGCCCGCAUUCCCCUGGGCACAGCUCUUUGGAACUGGGGGCAGCCACCUUGGUCCCCAAACUCCCCAUCGCUGCUUCGGAUGAGGACCUUUAUCCCUGCCUGGGACGAGCCAUCGGGGGGCUCUCCCCCUCCUAUCCCCAAUUCGCUCCCCACUUCUGCCUCCACUGACCCCGGAUGGUCUCCCCUUUAUCUUCCAAGGCUCCUGUCCCAGUUGCUCUGCGCUCCCACCCCAGCUGGCUCCUUGCAUGGCACGCUCGGCCCUCGGCAAUCCUCCGGCUCAGCAUGUUUUCCACAUUCCAUUCUAAAACUGGGAGAACAUUUCAACCCGAUUUUAAAAUCUUGAGUGACAGUUUGUUUUAUAAUUGAGAAGUCCCUGGACAAGCCCAGCAUGGACUCAUCGCUUUGGGCAGCGAGUCUUCAGCUAAGAUCCAGCUGGUAAAAGUUCUCGGGGAACCUGCAAGCUUAGCAAGUUGAACCUGUUGACCCUCCAAGAGUUGAGCAAUGGCGUUGUGGGAAGGGAGGAAGCACAAGCCCUGCGCAACAGCUUCUGCGGCUUUGAUGAGCCAAGAGCUGCGGGGGCUUCCCAGGGUGGAGUCAGCAGCACCAGAGCAUCCUCUCCACUCCCACCAGGGCAGGGCCCUUGCAUCACUGCAGCCAAGGGGCAGGAGGGGGGGGGGCGGAGGAGGAGGCAUCUCGCUUCUCCCCUUAAUACCUGGCGCACUUUCAAACCGAGGAGGAAGCUGGAUGCUCCAGGGCUCAGUGGGAGUCCAGACUCUGCCAAGCCACCUUUGGACUCAAUUCACGGUAGGCACCUUCUUAAUGGAGGCCUUCGAAGCUCCCUGGCUCUGCCCUCGCGGGAGGGAACGGCCAUUUCUCACCUCUUGCUCCCUCUUCCCUGGGGUCCCUUCAAGGAAAUGAACUGCUGGCUGAUUGAUUUGAUUUAUUUGAUUGAUUGAUUUAAUUUGUAUGCCGCCCACUCUCAAAGAGACUCAGGAUUGGCGCAAAGCUUGGAGCCGUUGGGCAACAGGCAGCAGCUGGGCUGGCUCUAAUGGAGAGUAAAGUCUCUCGCAGAAGGGGGAAAUAACCCUCUAACCGCCCCCCCCCAUCCCUUUCACAGCCCUGGGGUGCUCUGUAGGGAGGCAGUCCAAAGGCCGAGCUGCAAUAGCGGCCAGGAAGGGGGCUGGCAGCAAAGCGGUGCCAGUUGGAAGUGCUCCGCCAGCCGCUUUCCCCAGGUGUCAUGGGUGGGGCAGGAGCAGAGCACGGCUGCCCCAAAGGAACUGGGGAAAUGAAGACGGGCAGUGCAGCUUGAGCACGCAUCCUUUAUUAUGUUACUGAACCGGUUUGCUUGGCAUUUAUUGAAGCAGCAUGAAACUAGCAGCUGCCCUCCCUGGGCUGGCCUUGAUGCUCCACGCAGCAGCAGCAGCAGCCCUGAAAAUCUGCACCUUCAACAUCCAGAGUUUUGGAGACAGCAAACUGUCGGACCAGAGCGUUUCCAAAAUAAUUGUGAAGAUCCUGUCCCGGUACGACCUUGUCCUCGUGCAGGAGGUGAGGGAUGCUGAUCUCAGCGCAGUCCAGGAACUGCUGGGGCGACUCAACAGGGCCUCCAAGCACUCCUAUGACUACGUGGCCAGCGAGACGUUGGGCCGGGAGAACUACAAGGAGGCGUAUCUCUUCCUGUACAGGACAGAGAGCUUCUUCCUCGUGGACCAGUACCAGUACCCCAACCCCGACAGCACCUUCAGCAGGCCUCCUUUCGUCCUGAAGUUUGCUGCUUCUAGCCCAAAGAAGGAGCUGGUGCUGGUGCCCCUUCAUACGCCCCCCAGUGACGCUGUGGCAGAAAUCGAUGCUCUCUAUGACGUCUACCUGAAGAUCAUUGACAAGUGGCAGACUGAUAACAUCAUGUUCCUGGGGGAUUUUAAUGCCGAUUGCAGCUACGUGGGGAAGAAAGACUGGAGCUCCAUCCGUCUGCGCACUAGUGAGGUUUUCCAUUGGCUCAUCUCAGACGACACGGACACCACCGUGGGCAAAUCCGACUGUGCCUACGACAGGAUUGUUGUGAGUGGCUCGAAACUAAGGAAGUGGAUUGUGCCCAAGUCCGCCAAAGUGUUUGACUUCCAGAGGGCAUUCAAGCUGAGCCAAGAGGAGGCUCUGGCCGUUAGUGAUCAUUUCCCCGUGGAAGUGGAGCUGACGUCCCCCUGAAUCUCUCUGUUGCCGGCCUGUUCAGCCUCCAAGGGUGGGGCGAAAGGGAUGCAGGGCUUCUUGCUGCAGCCCCCACCCCUCUGCAGGCACCAGCACCACACAUCCUGCCUUGCAAGCCACCUCUGGAUUUCCAGUGACUUGGAUUCCCGCUGGGCCUCGUCUUGACUGGGGCCUGGGAUCCUGAAGGAACGGCCUCUUUGACGUUUCUGAGCUGGAAAUGCGCUUGAACUUCCUCCACAACUGCUCCAGCCUGAGUGGCAGCCGCUACAUCCAACGAGAGUCCAUCUUUCUGACCCUUUUUCUGCUGGGUCUCCCCCGCAUCCCUCCCCUUUCCAGCCCCUGCUAAGCCAGAGGCAAGCAAAGGAUGCUGGGAAGGCUGUGACACCUGCUUCCCGAGCCGGGUUUCCCUCCAGCCAACUGGGCAGGCCUUGUCCCAAUGGGGAAGGCCACGGUGAGGUCUUGUAACAGGCUGGAGAUACACAGCACAAAUCCUUAGACAAAGGUCUUUUGAGAACUCUGAGACCCUAACACUCAUUAACUUACCUUAUGUAAUGAUGGGUUGUGCAACUAUGCCUGCAGCUCUUGGACAAACAGCGUGAUAAAAAAUAUACUAACGCAGCAAAACAGUUGACUUCCAUUUCUUAAGAGGCAGAGCCGUCCAUUCAGGACACAGCAGAACUCAAAAGGAAUUCUGCUCAGGGCAGGGAGUGAAGGCCAGUCACCUGGUAAGCUGCUCGGGGAAGGCCAGCUCUGCUCCCCCCGGGGGAUGCAACUGAUGAGAACAAUCCCCAUCCAAAUAAAGCGGCUUGAGCUGCUCUUGAGAACACGCAAGUCGCUCCCCAAGGAGAAACUGCUCUAGAGAAUCAAUCCCUAGAUCUGAAUUCCCCGCAGACUGGAAAAAAAGAGACCAGUCAAAUAGAAAAACACACGCAUAAAAAACUUGGGGGGGGGGUUCUAGCAGUGGCCGUCUACCCCCUUUUACUCACACGACCAGACGCCCCAAUGGGUGCCAGCCUAGGAGCACCUCACAGCAGCUCCAAUCCUCUGAGGCUUCUGUAGCGGGGGGUGGGUGGGGGCACCAGUGUACAACGGGAGAAGCUGGAAAGGCAGCCCAGAUGAAGCCCAUGAAGGCAGCCAAGCGCACGCAGUGGGGCGGCCAGAGCAGCCGUGGUCGCCUCGCUUGCCUGGUUUAAAGAGGCUCAGAGGGAUCCCCAGCAGCAACGGAGCAAACAGUCUCUCUACUGUAAGCUUUUAUUGGCAACUGGCAUCCCGCCUGUUUCUUAGGAAAAGCAGCCCGGGUGGGUGGCUCAGCUGCCUCCCUCCCCGCCACCCUUUCCAGCCUUAGCCACCCGCUGAGCCCCGCAGUCCAAACUCCAGCAACAAACUAGGCAAAGGCCACUAAAGUCAGGCACACCACACGUUCGGUCUCCGUUGAGGAGAGGAUGGGGCAGCUGCCAGGGAGAGCCUCCA